CAAAAAGUCAUCAUGGGCGGACAAAUGGAUAACAAUAACCUUAUGUUAUCCACUCCAAAGGAGGAGAAGAAUACCAAUACCAUAGUCGAACUGUUUGCUGGCAAUACGAAAAGGCAUAGGCAAUUGCCUUGGUACUUUGCCCCCGCAUUCCUUUUACUUUGGUUGGCUCUCUUCUAUGCUGUUGUCCAGCCGCUGUUUAAUCAUUUGCCAAAGGGUAUACGGAUUGACGAGGAAUCUGCCAAGCCUGGACAAUUUGUGGCCGAACGUGCUCAUGAUCUGUUGCUUGAAAUUGAUGCCAUGGGACCUCGAGUGGUGGGCGAUGUGGCCAAUGAGGUGACCAUUGUGGAAUUUCUUUUAAACGAAAUCGAAAAUAUUCGUUCAGCCAUGCGUGAAGAUCUCUACGAAAUGGAAGUUGAUGUACAACGUGCUUCCGGUUCUUAUGUGAUCAAGGGCAUGACAAAUGUCUAUCAAGGUGUACAGAAUGUGAUAGUCAAGUUGAGUUCAAGAAAUUCGAAUAGCACAGCGCAAUUGCUUUUAAAUAGUCACUACGAUUCCAAGCCGGGAGCAACAGGUGCUGGUGAUGAUGCUGCCAUGGUUGUGGUAAUGUUGGAGGUAUUGCGACAAUUUGCCAUAGCCGAGGAAACCUUUCUGCAUCCCAUAGUCUUUCUAUUCAAUGGCGGCGAGGAGCAACCCAUGCAAGGAUCUCAUGGAUUUAUAUCACAACACAAAUGGGCCAUCAAUUGCAAGGCUCUGCUCAAUAUGGAUUCAUGUGGUGCUGGUGGACGGGAGUUGCUAUUUCAAAGUGGCCCCAAUCAUCCUUGGCUAAUGCGUUAUUAUAAACAAAGUAUUAAACAUCCAUAUGCUACCACAUUUGCUGAGGAAAUAUUUCAAUCGGGCAUAAUACCAUCCGAUACAGACUUUCGUAUCUUUCGUGAUCAUGGACCCAUACCGGGUUUGGAUAUGGCAAGUGUUUAUAAUGGUUUCAUCUAUCAUACCAAAUUUGAUCGCUGGAGUGCCGUGCCCCGUGAUUCAUUGCAAAAUACGGGGGAAAACAUUUUAAGUUUAGCCCGAAGUCUUGCCAAUGCUGAGGAAAUGUAUGACACAGAGUCCCACGCUGAGGGUCACUCAGUUUUCUUUGACUUUUUGGGAUUAUUUUUCGUCUACUACAAGGAGUCAACGGGCACAGCUCUGAAUAUAUCCUUUGGUCUGGGUAGCAUUCUUCUCAUCUGUGUUUCCCUGUGGCGUAUUUCGAAAGUUUCGUGUGAAAAAGUUAAUGUAAUUGCUGGCGAAUUUGGAAUACUCUUUUUAUUGGCCAUUCUUGCCUUUGCACUUGCCUUUUGCUUUCCCCUACUCAUGGCCGUACUUUAUGAUGCCGGUUCACGUUCUAUGACUUAUUAUACCAAUUUUUGGCUUAUUAUUGGCAUUUUUAUAAUCCCUUCGGUAAUUGGUUUGGUAUUGCCCAUAACCCUUUACUUGACCCUGAGAUCAAUGGAUAGAAUCUCUCAGGCAUUUCGUUUGCAAAUUGGACUUCAUGCCUACUGUACCCUCUUGGCCAUACUUUGUGUUGUUAUGACCAUUUUGGGUUUUCGCAGUACUUAUCUAUGCAUGAUAAGCGUAUUCUUCUAUGUAGUGUCACUUGUUUUCAAUUUGUUGACCAAACUUCAUGAUCAAGGUUACUAUUGGGCCUUACCUGUUGUGAUCGGUCAAAUUAUGCCAUUUUUAUACCACACAUAUCUAUUCCAUACAAUUUUGGUAAUUUUUGUACCAAUAACUGGUCGUAAUGGUACAAAUAUGAAUCCAGAUUUAAUAAUAGCAAUAUUGUCUGCCUUUGGCACAAUAUUGGCCUUGGGUUUUGCGAUGCCUCUGAUCAAUGUGUUUCGACGACCGAAAUCCAUUAUUGCAGGCUUGGCUGUCACAAUGUUCAUUGUCUGUAUGAUUUCCGUGUCAGAUGUAGGUUUUCCCUAUCGACCAAAGACAAAUGUGAUGACAGUUGACUCAAUGCAAGUCAACCGUAAAUUCUAUGAGUACGAUGGAUCUUUGAGUCUAGAGGAUUCGGGGUACUAUCUUCACUUGCUGGACAGGCGACGAGAUGUCCCUCUCCGUGAGACCAUGGACCUAAGCAAUGUGCAACGUGUGGGUGAUACUUGUGGCGAUGAGUUGAUGUGCGGCAUUCCCUGUUAUCGUUGGUGUGCGGAUCGCAACGAUGCCCUUUGGUUGGCACGCAAUCAAUUGGUGGAAUUACCCUAUCCCACAGUUUUGGAAUUGCUGAACAAAACCAUUUUGGAUGAUGGCUAUCAUGUGCGUUACGAUUUCCGACUGUCUGGGCCACCGAAUAUGUUUCUCUUCGUUAAGCCCAAGGAGGGUGUGAAAAUUUCCGAAUGGUCUUUUGAUCAAACCAUGUUGACCAGUCCAUCUACGUAUAAGCCACCUUUACAAGUUCUAAUUACCUAUGGCAGCGAUAGCUCACCUCUCGAGUUCUAUUUCAAGCUAACGAAAAGCAAUGGCAAUUUCGAUGAGCCUGUUUUCGAGUUUGGAGUUUCGGGACAUUAUGUGGGCCCUCAGGUCAUACGGGAUGCUCUGAGCACAGAGUUCCUGGCUUCUUUGCCGGAUUUUGCCUACUCUAUGCAAUGGCCAAGUAGCUAUGAACGACAUAUUUAUUAAUAUAAAUUCUGAUUAUUAA